CCUAUAUAACCCGGUCGCGCAGGCGGCAGCGCCAGUCCGAGCGCCGCGGAGCCGCCGAGAGGUCGCGGGUGUCGCCGCGUCCCCGCCGGGAUGAGCCACCGCCACAGCCAACGCCGCGGCCCCCGGGCCGACAUGGCGCCCGAGAUCGCCGCCGCCGUGGGCUUCGUGUCCGGCCUGCUGCGGACGCGGGGCUGCGUCAGCGAGCAGCAGCUGCAGGUGUUCAGCGGGGCGCUGCGGGAGGCGCUCACAGAGCACUACAGACACCACUGGUUCCCCAAGAAACCCUUAAAAAGGAAACCCUUAAAAGGCUUUUAUAUAGGAUUUCACCUUCAAACUCUGAAUUUAAUGGGAGCUCAAGCCCCCAAACCCCUUUCUCACCUCUCUUCUCCCUCCCCAAAGCACUACAGACACCACUGGUUACCUGAGAAACCCUUAAAAGGGAAACCCUUAAAAGGGUUUUCUAUAGGAUUUCACCUUCAAACCCCGAAUUUAAUGGGAGCUCAAGCCCCUAAACCCCACCUACUUUCAGGAUAUCCUUUCUCACCCCUUUUUUCCCUCCCCAGAGCACUACAGACACCACUGGUUACCCAAGAAAACCUUAAAAGGGAAACCCUUAAAAGGUUUUUCUACAGAAUUUCACCUUCAAACUCUGAAUUUAAUGGGAGCUAAAGGUCCUAAACCCCUUUCUCACUGUUUUCCCUCCCCAGAGCACUACAAACAGCACUGAGAAAAAAGGGUUUUCUUUAGGAUUUGGCCUUUAAACUCUGAAUUUAAUGGGAGUUAAAGGUCCUAAACCCCUUUCUCACCCCUUUUUUCUCUCUCCAGAGCACUACAGACACCACUGGUUACCCGAGAAACCCUUAAAAGGGAAACCCUCAGAAGGGUUUUCUAUAGGAUUUCACCUUCAAACUCUGAAUUUAGUGGGAGCUCAAGCCCCUAAACCCCACCUACUUUCAGGAUAUCCUUUCUCACCCCUUUUUUCCCUCCCCAGAGCACUACAGACACCACUGGUUACCCAAGAAAACCUUAAAAGGGAAACCCUUAAAAGGCUUUUCUACAGAAUUUCACCUUCAAACUCUGAAUUUAAUGGGAGCUAAAGGUCCUAAACCCCUUUCUCACUGCUCUUCUCCCUCCGCAGAGCACUGAGAAACCCUUCCAAGGGUGUUCCUUAGGAUUUCACCUUCAAACUCUGAAUUUAGUGGGAGCUCCAGCCCCA